AUGGAAACACUACUGCACAGGUUUGCAAUUUUAGGCCUUGGCGAUUCCAGCUAUGCAAAAUUCAACUUUGUUGCAAAGAGACUUUUUAAAAGACUGCAACAGUUAGGUGCAGAGCCUCUAGUGCCUCUAGGCUUAGGCGAUGAUCAGCACGACUUGGGCUACGAUGCUGUAGCAGAUCCGUGGUUGGACAACUUAUGGAAAAAGUUGAUAGAAGAACACCCUUUGCCUCAUAGUGUACAGCCUUUGUCAAGUAACUUGCCUAUAGUUCCACGAUGGAGUAUUAAAAAAGAUUUCAAAUGCUUGGAACCUCAGAAAAAUUUAAACAAUUUUCAAUCUUUAUUUUAUUCAACUAGAAAAUCACAUGAAUUUGAUGCACUGGUUGUAGAAAAUUCUAGGCAAACUGAUAUUUGUCAUUUUCAGGAUGUUAGAUUGAUAAAAUUUAAAACUGAGGGUCAACAAUACUGUCCGGGAGAUCUCCUCGUUUUACGACCUAAAAAUCUGGAUUGGAAAGUAAAAGAAUUUAAAAAUAUUUUAAAAGAUAAUGGAGUCAAUAUUCCAGAUGACACUGUGAUAAAACUGCAAGAAAAUGAUCAAAAAAUUCCUGUACCAGAGGCUUUGAAAUUUCACGCUACUUUCCAGCAACUUUGUGAAGAAUAUUUUGAUUUACUAUCAAUACCCAGAAGGAGGGUUUUUGAAGUUUUAUCCCAAAUAACUGAUAGUGAUCUAGAAAAGGAAAAAUGCUUGGAAUUUUGCUCAGCAGAAGGGCAACAAGACAUGUACUCUUACACAAAUCGCCCUAGAAGAAACAUUGUUGAAGUUUUGGGUGACUUUCCACAGGCCACCAAAAAUUUAACUUUGGAUAUUUUGUUUGAAAUUAUGCCUUCAAUAAAACCAAGAGAAUUUUCCAUUGCUAGUAGCUUUAAGCGGCACGGAAAUGAGGUGCAUAUAUUAGUAGCGGUGGUCAAGUACAAAACGAAUUUGGUCAAGGAGAGAGUGGGGCUUUGUUCGAAUUUUUUGGCCGAUUUGAAACCAGGAAAAAGAGUUACUACAUGGUUGAAACGUGGCUCGUUUAAAUUUCCUAGUACGUUGAAUGUUCCUGUAAUUAUGAUUGGUCCAGGGACUGGAGUGGCACCGUUCAGAAAUUUCAUCUUUGAAAUAUGCGAUAAAGUUUCUAGUCCUACUGAUUUGCUAUUAUUUUACGGAUGCAGAUACGAAUUCAAAGAUUUUUUGUGUAAAGAAGAAUUUAGAAAAUUAAGCAAUGAUAAAAAAAUAUCUUUGAUUUGUGCAUUUUCAAGAGACCAAAAUAAGAAAAUAUAUGUUCAAGAUAAGAUAUUAGAGUAUGGUGAACUCGUUUGGCAAGCCCUCGAUAAAAAUUGCUACAUAUUUGUUGCGGGAAACUCAAGAAAUAUGCCGCAAGCAGUUAGAAAUGCAUUUAUUAACGUCUGCAUCAAACAUGGAAAUUUAUCAGAGGCAAAUGCUACCAAAUUUGUAGAAACAAUGGAGAAGAAAAAUAGAUAUCAAGCAGAAUGUUGGUCGUAGAAUUUUUUUCAAAUAUUAUAUUGUUAUUGUGUAUUUGAAAAGCUUUUGUUUUAAUUUAUUUUACUUCUAGAAACUUGGUAGGUCAUAAGACCACACGACCAUGAUUGCCAACUUUUAAAAUUGGUUCACUCUGAGAUUUUUCCGCGACUCAAAAACAAUGGUGUUUCCCAAAAAUAUAUUAAUUGAAACAGCAGAACAAACAUAAAAAAAAAAAUCAAAAAACUAAAAAUAAAACAUUUCAUUCCAGUUACAACAUAAAGAAUUUUUUAGUGACUAACCGUGUUAUAAACGGGCAACUAAAAUUGGGCCAUUUCGGAAAUGCUAAUUUCAUUAACCGGAUCACCAGCUGAUGUAGGUACUGUUUUUUUUUCAAGCGUACUCAUUAAAAA